AUGCUCUGUGAUAUUGUGUGGCAGAUAUGGGAGCGCGCCGGGGUGGGCGGCGAUGUGCGCUGGGCGCCCGGCUGGCGAGCGGGCGGGCAAGCGCGCGGCUGGGCGGCAGCGAGCGCGGCGCGCUGGGCACCCGACGACGCGCGCCUUCUGCUCGCCGGCCCACUCGCGCUCGCGGACCGCUGGGAGCUGAUCAUCCUGCGCUUCGACCAGAACGGUCGAGGAGUGACAGAGGUACGUGCGGAGUGCAGUUCGUGUGGCGGCUGCUGGGCGAGCGCCGCCACCUUUCUAACACUGAUACCGCGCCUCCUGGCGCCCGCGCGCGCCGUCACCACCGUGUGGCUCAACGCGGCCGACCAGAGACUACAUUCGGAGUACGCCGGUGUGACAGUGCCAGUACUGAGGAUAUACAACGAGGCAGCUACGCAUAUCACUCACGUGUUGGUAGCUAAAGUGCUUGCAGAAGAGUUAGAAAAUUUAGAACAGAAAAAUUCUACAACUUUAGCUUCGGAAUCUGUAGAAGAGCACGUGCUUCAGAAAGAAGAGGAUUGUCCAGCGCCAGAGUAUUGGCAGGCCACAUUGCCGGUACGGCAAGAGCGCGCGGCGCACGUGCUGGUGGCGGCGCUGGGUGCGGCGGGAGGUGCGCGAGGCAUGGCGCGGGCGCUGGGCGCGUGGCCUCUGCGCGCGCUUGCGCCGCCGCCGCUGCUGGCCGCCUCGAUGUCGCUGGCGGAGCGCGCGGCGCGCCGCCGCCGCAGCCGCGCCGCGCCGCCGCCGCACGACGAGCCGCCGCCCAGUGAACACGAGCUUCGCGCGCUCUGCACGCCGCCCCUAACCACCUGCCGACUUCGGAAUAUGGUACUUGGACUCGAAAUACACCCUAACGGCGGUUGUGUGUGGGCGAGCACUUGCGAGGGCGCUGAGUGCGUGUCGCUGCCGGCGCUGCGGCCGCUGCUGCGAGUGUCAUCUGCAACGAGCGCGCCUGUCUCCACCUUCCCGUACAUGGUGCAGCCCGCUGUGUCUGACGAUUACAUAGCCGCGCCGGCAGGCGACGGGUCGGGGCUGGUGCGCGUGUGGGCGGCGCGGGCGGGCGCGCGCCGUGACGUCACGCCGCACGCCGCGCCCCCAGUCGCCGCGCUGCUGCCCGCCCGCACUCCGCCCCGCCGCGUGCUCGCGGGAGCCUCGCUAUAUGUGUGGACAUGUCCUGUGCUAGAAAGCUGA